AAACAGGAGCUUCCGGGUUAAAUAGAAAGCAGCACAGCAUCGGUAAUCGCGUUUUGUGAAUGUUGAAAACUCAAUAUAUCCAGCCACAUAUUAAAUCAAAUUCUUGAUGAAGAAUGAAUAACAGUUGAGGUUAACGGUUAAACGUUAGCUAUAUGCUAGCCAGUUACUAUCUAGCUAACAUUCAAACAUUAGCUUGCUAGUUAGCUAUAGUAACUCACUUUCCACGCUAGCCAAUUCAAUGUGAACAAACCUGCCUUUUUGACAUUCCAAACAUAAGGUUAGAAGUCUCAAGUGUCUGUCAGCAGUAGCGAGCUAUUUGCAAGCAGAGAGGUUUCACAAUUAUACAGUAACGUUACAGAUAAUUGACUCAUUUCUGUAAAAUAUGGCUUCGUUCGGCUGGAAAAGGAAAGUGGGCGAGCGGGUGUCCAAGGCAGCGGUGCAGCAGUUUGAAGCCGCAGCGGAGAAACCGGAGGAAGAUGGAAUAGUUAAAGAGGACGAGGUGGACUGGCUUUAUGCUAUCAAGCGGCGCCGGGAGGUCCUGCUGGAGGACUGCGCUGCCAAAAGCAAGAGACUAAAGGAGGAAGGGGUGGUGCUGGCACAAGAGGGCAGGCACUGGGAGGCCGUCAAGAGGUGGGAUGAAGCCAUCCAGAUGACUCCAGAAAACCCUCUACUGUACGAGAUGAAGUCCCAGGUGCUGACCGUCCUGCAAGAGGUGUUCCCGGCGGUGCAGGCAGCAGAGAUGGCUGUGAAGCUCCGCCCCCUGUGGUGGGAGGGCUGGCAGACACUGGGCCGCGCCCAGCUUAGUCUGGGAGAGGUGGACCUGGCGGUGAGGUCUUUCCAGGUGGGGCUCCACCUGUGUCCGUCAGAGCGCUCCCUCUGGUUGGAGGACCUGGCGUGGGCACGGAGGCUGCAGCAGCAAAGACUGGCGGCAUGGGACCGGACCCAGCGGGAGGAGGCGGCCCAGCGGGAGGUCCUGAGCGCUCCAGAGCUCCAACAGGACUAUGACUUUGAGUCCGAUGAGGUGGUGGCGGCCUGCGCUACCAUGGCCGAGAGACAGCGACGCUAUGAGGAUCUGAAGAGGACGGCGGUGGUGGUAGACGCUGAGGGGAACGCAAGGGAGGUAACCGUGGAGGAGGAGGGGUCAGGGGACACACCCUCAUCACAGUAUCAGUUGGUCAAAGCACGAGGGCUAUGAGAUGUUUCUAAGAACUUAAAAGGGCUGAAAUGUGUCUCGUGAAAUGGGUAUUUUUGUUUGUUUUUGUUGAGUUUUCCAUCUUUAGUCUUAUGCAUGUCGUUAUUAUGUUUUGUUGUAGUGUACAAGAGACUGUGGGUGAUGGCAGUAGAUUUAAUCAAGUCAAUUAUGCUUGUUUUUGUGUAUUAUGUAUACAGUCAGGUCCAAAAUGAUUGGCACCCUUGAUAAAGAUUAGCAAAAUACACUGGAUAUUUUUUUUUUUUUUAAAGACUGCCCUGGCAGAAGCAACUGGGUUUUUGUCUGAAAUGUCCUGGGGCCUCAUUUAUCAACCAUGUGUAAAUUUCUCACAAAAUUCUGGCGUAUGUGGAGAUGCUAGAAUUUGCAUGCACAUCAAAUUAGUGGUAUUUAUCAAUCUGUCCCUGGAACAUAUGCACAUGUUUUCAUUGAUAAAUCAGAGCGAUGCAAUAUUUGUGUGCUUGUGAGCAAGCGUUACAACCCCGCCUGUAAAACGCCCUCCAUUCACAUUUUAUUGUAACAAAACACAUUUGCUCUGUGUUUUGGAGAUGUUGGAACUGGGCCAUGUUAGUUUCUAAAAGAAAGUGCAAUGGGAAAUGUGAUCACAUUUCCUAAGAGGUGCGGGAAGAAUGUUUUAAUCUUUUGCAGUGACUUUUUCAAACCCCCCAAAAAACGCAUGCCGCCUAUAGCGAGUGCCAAACACUCGCUGCGCAUUCUGUAAGAUGAAUGGUCCUUUAGAACAAUUUAAAGUAAAUGCUACACCCGACAGGCAAAGGACACAUUGUUGUUCAAUAUUUUGUGUAUCAAUACGUGAUUGUCUCCAGCCUUGGUAUAGGCUCUGAGAAUAAAUAGUAGGAAUGUAACGAUUCACCGAUUUUAGGCAUCAGUUCCCAGUUCAAAUGUUUAAGAUAUAAGUGCAUCUGUCUGGGGAACCCCAAAUCUCAUAUUUUGUGGCAACUGCUCUUCUUCUUCGGUGUCGAACUAAGCAUGUAAUUGUGUCGACAGUCAUUGAUCUACAAGUCAUUGUGCAUGCGGAACAACCUCGGGCAAUAUCAAUAGCCUAGUCAAACUGCGCUAGGUAGCGUAUUUUCCUGAUCUGGAACAUCUGUGCGUCACCUUCAACAUUCAACUGUUUGUAAAAUGGUUUGUGCAAUAUUAGGCCUUAUUUGUUUUUUUUCUAAGAAAUGCGCUGUUGAAAUUGUUUUUUACAGAAAUAAAAGUAGCCUAAGCUACUGCUGGAAACAACUCCUCUGGCUGUACAUAAUUUCUUUACAACCUAUUUUGAUUAGGACUAUGUUAUAGUUAAAGCUGCAAUAUGUAGAGUGCCUUCAGAAAGUAUUCCUACCCCUUGAGUUAUUCCACCUUUUUGUUUCCUGCCUGAAUUAAAAAAUUGAUGCAAUAUUUUUUUUCACGCCCAUUUGCACACAACACUCGAUAAUGACAGUGAAAACAUGUUUUUAGACAUCUAAUUUACAUAAGCAUUCACACCCCUAGGUCAAUACUUUGUAGAAACACCUUUGUCGGCGAUUACAGCUUUGAGUCGUCCUGGGUAUGUCUGUAUCAGCUUUGCACAUCUGGAUUUAGGGAUUUUCUCCCAUUCUUCCUUGCAGAUUUUCUUUAUCUGUUGAUUAAGCUGGGGAGCAGUGAUGGAGAGCAAUCUUCAAGUCUUUCCAUGGAUUUUCAAUGCGAUUCAAGUCUGGGCUUUGGCUGGGCUACUUGUUCUGAAGCCCAUCCAGCUUUGCUUUGGCUGCAUUGUUGGGGUCAUUGUCCUGUUUGGACAUAAAUCUUCACCCCAGUCUAAGGUCGUUUGAAGCUGGUUCUCAUCAAGGAUUUGCCUGUAUUUGGCUCCAUUCAUUGUCCAUCUAUCCUUAUAAGUCUCCCAGUCCCUGCUGCUGAAAAGCAUCCCCAUAGCAUGAUGCUGCCACCACCAUGCUUCACGGUAGGGAUGGUGUUAGACGGUUGAUGAGCUGUGCCUGGUUUUCGCCAGACGUAGCGCUUUUGCAUUCAGGCCAAAGAGUAACAUUUUGGUCUCAUCAGACCACAGUCUUUCACUUGCCUUUAAACAAACUCCAAGCGUGCUGUCAUGUGCCUUUUUCUCAGGAGUGGCUUCUGUCUGGCCACUCGCCCAUAAAGUCCAGAUUGGUGAAGUGCUGUAGAGACUUGUCCUUCUGUCAGGUUCUCCCAUCUCAGCCAAAGAACUCAGUUGUUCUGUCAGAGUGAUGUUUGGGUUCUUGGUCACCUCCCUGACCAAGGUCCUUCUUGCCCGGUUGCUCAGUUUGGUUCGACAGCCAGCUCUAGGGAGUCUGGGUAGUUCCACAUUUUUCCCAAUGAUGGAGACCACUGUGCCCUUUGACACUUUCAACACUCUAGAAAUUGUUUUAUACCCUUCCCAAGAAACAUGCCUCAUCACGAUUCUCUGAGAUCUACAGACUUCAUGGUAUAGUUUCUGCUCUGACAUUCACUGUCAACUGUGUGACCUUAUAUAGACAGGUGUGUUUCUUUCUAAAUCAUGUCCAAACAAUUGGCCACAGGUGACAACUCAAGAAUGAUCAAAGGAGAUUGGAUGUACCUGAGCUCAAUUUGGAGUGGCAUAGCAAAGGGGUGUGAAUACUUAUGUUAAUUAGCUAUUUCUGUAUUUCGUUUUCAAUACAUUUGCAAAAAUGUCUGAAAACACGUUCACUUUGUCAUUAUGAGGUAUUGUGUGUAGAUGGGUAAAUAAAAACUGUAAUCCAUUUUGAAUUCAGGCUGUAAAAAUAAGUCAAGGGGUAUGAACACUUUCUGAAGACACUGUACUUGCUGAUCUUACUUUAGAUUUGAUUUCGAUUGUUCAAGUUCACCAUCAGCAAUAGUUUUGAUAGUUUUGCUUGAAACAAUCAGUAGGGAAAGUGGGGUUUUUACAUUCAGCAUCACUCCCUCAACAGAAAUAUGGUAUUAUUUCUAACAAAGAUAUCUACAUAUAUUUCAGGAUGUUGUGUAUCCCUGGAAAUAAUCAGAAUUCCGGUAAAUGUUAGUUUUGAAGACAUAGCUUGUCCAAAAAAGUGGUCUCUUGGCACAACUUACUCUGUACUGAAUGAAAUAUGAACACUUCCUUUUAAACCAUAUCUAUCUUUCGUUCCCAACCACUUCAUGUGGUUUCUUCCUUCACAAACUCCAUUAAAUGAUGAUCUCUACCUAAA